AUGUCUAGCCAAGAGCAGCCCGUCGUUCCAAAACCCAGUCUUUUAGGGCUGCCUUUGGAACUACGUCAGCAGAUCUACCACGAAUACUUUACGGUCGACGGCGGCUACGCUUACAAUGGAGAUUCCGGCAAACUCGUACAGACCAACAAUCAACCGAUUGAACUAUCGCUACGUUACGCCUGCCGCGCAAUCGCACACGAAACUGGGCAGUAUCCGUUCACUCUCAACGCGAUUACAUUUUCGACUCUUUAUAGGCAGGACUGGAGGAAACGAGCCGCCUCACUUAGUUACAUCACGCACCAUCACGUUACAUUUCAAAACGCCAUGCUUUUUCGGCUGAAACGACAUAUUAAAUCUGAGAUGUACGAGGAUCCUGAUGUAAAGUAUUCUCAGUACAUUCCCGCCAUCAGAAACGGCCUAGCUAGGAGCAUGGCCUCCUGGGACCGUUUCAGGAACAGUGUCCCUGACGAUUCAGAAGAUUCGGAGGAUUCCCGCCCAUUUAAGACCCUCCGUGAGUUGAGGUCCCAGCCAGCUUCCAGCGGGACAUGGGGGCGUUCUACGGUUAUACGCCUAAGUGGUACAGAUGGUACUAUUUUCUUUUCACGCGCGGCUGACUAUCUUCUACGGCGGGUGGCCAAGAAGGACCCACGGGAGUUUUCACAAGCUAUUGAGCAGAUUCUACCUAGCUAG